GGCGCCGUGACGUGUCAGCCGUUAGGGGCGGGGCCAACGCUCUCCCCGUCCCCUCACCGCCCGCUCCGCCCCGGGGCCGCCGCGGGCCGAGCCGAGCCCCGGGGCCAGGCAUGGGCCUCGUGUUCGCCAAGCUCUGGAGCCUCUUCGGGAACCAAGAGCACAAAGUAAUCAUUGUGGGACUUGAUAAUGCUGGGAAGACUACAAUUCUUUACCAGUUCUUAAUGAAUGAAGUGGUUCAUACUUCUCCAACCAUAGGAAGCAAUGUAGAAGAAAUAGUGGUGAAAAACACCCAUUUCUUAAUGUGGGAUAUUGGAGGACAAGAAUCGUUACGGUCAUCAUGGAAUACCUAUUAUUCGAACACAGAGUUCAUCAUUCUGGUUGUUGACAGCAUUGACAGAGAGCGACUUUCUAUUACAAAAGAGGAACUUUAUAGAAUGCUGGCUCAUGAGGAUUUACGGAAAGCUGCAGUUCUCAUCUUUGCAAACAAGCAGGACAUGAAAGGCUGCAUGACAGCUGCAGAGAUAUCCACAUACCUCACCCUUAGCUCCAUAAAGGAUCACCCAUGGCACAUUCAGUCCUGUUGUGCUUUGACAGGAGAAGGAUUAUGCCAAGGCUUGGAGUGGAUGACCUCCCGUAUUGGAGUGAGAUAGCUUUUUUCCAAAAGAAGAGACUUCUAUUUAUCCUGUGAACAUGUACAUUUUUCUGUACUUCUGGCUGCUGAGCCAGUGACCAUGUUUAAUUUAUAUCAGCCAAUCUCCAAGCUGUACUUGAAUCAAGUGCAGUUGAACUUGAAACACAAAGUAUUUUCUUAACCUUUUUUUAAUACACUAAUCUUCAACUGGAUGGACAUAUAUGAAUCUGUUUUUAAGCAUUUAAAUUCCUCUAUGUAUUCUAACUUUUUCAAUGAUAGCUUUAUAAAAUCUGUUUUGUCAUUGUCAAUAUUUCAUACUUCCUCUUUCUAAAAAGUUUCUAUAACUUACUAACGUAAUAAAUCAACAUAGUUUGUUUAAUAAUGAAAAAGUAGUGAGUAGUUUGACUUUACUCUGGCAUAGUUUUUAGUCUCCAAGGAUAACCACGGGGGACUAAAAACCAUUCAGUUGGGCUUCCUGGAACAUCAGCAGAGUUCUAGCCAGCACUAGUAAAGAAUGCAAAAAUUUAAAUGCUGAAUGAGUUAGUUAUAGUUAAUUAUUAAGGUAGCUUUUAACCUAGUAUAUAAUUGAAUUUCUGCCUUAAAAGAAAUCUGUCCUUCUCAUUUUGUCUGAUAAGUAAUUCUAGGUUAUGACUCUCUUCCUUUCACCUGCAAAUAGAUAUCUGCACAGUGGUUAAAAAAAUUGUUAUUAAGUGUUGGUUUAUUCAUUUAGACUUUGAAUACCAUUUUUAAAAAUAAACCUCGUGGUAAUUAAAUUUGGAAUCAUGGCAGACAGUGUUAUGUGUAAUCUGUUAAAAUUUUAAAUGCUGUACGUACAUGAGCCUUCCUCACCUUUUAUUGAGAGUGCUGUUUUCUAAAUGACUGUAAAAUCAAAAGGGAAGCCAGAUUUAUAAACAGAACAGAAUCAUGGUGCUGUAUCUGUAUGUAUCUGUGAAUUUGAGAAUGAAGCUAACCUUGACCUUAUUUACAUACUAUCAAAUCUAAAUGUUUUUAGAUUCCAUUGCAUGGAAAAUAUUUUGCCUUAUAUUUGUUUUUACUGUUAUUUGCAGGAUUAGAGACCCUUCUGAUUUUGUGGUUUGAGUUACUCAUUCACCUGAAGUUUAUGAACUGGAAGCAGAAAAAGUAGAGAACUUCCAGUUAAAAAAACAGGUGGUAAAAGAUUGGACCUAGUAACUCUUAAUUCAAUUUGAAGAUGAUGUUAGAUCUGGAAAGAGAAUCUGAAACAACAGAUUCUGUGUUAAUAGAGCAUAUUGGACACACACAAUGCAAAUCCAGAGGAGGAAAAAAAAUCAACACUAGGCAUCCAAUUCCGAGUAAAAUCCCGCUAGCAAUGAGAUAUCUAACUUACAUAAAUGCUUAAACUACACAAAAGCACCAUUCUGUGCUUCUGCAUGCCCGAACAACUACAUGGAGCAUGGUCACUAGAAAAAAUUCUAACUGACUAGAGUCCUUUAAUGACAAUGUUUUUGAUGAAUUUUGUUUUAAUAAUUCAAGCACACUGAGUUUUUAAUAAAAUUUUAAGUUUUGUAAAUUUCCAAUAUGAUUCCAUUUUUAUUUGAACAAAGCUUAAUGAAAUGUUAACAAUGCCAUCAAAUAUAAGUGUUAAAAAAGACUUCAAAUACAAGUUGAAUCAAUGAUUGGUUGCUACAUAUUAAUGUUGGCUAGCAAAAGUCACAUUUAGGAGAGACUAUGUUGAGUGUCAAGUCAAAAUGCUCAGAUAGUAAUGCAAACCAAAACUAAUACUUAAAAAGAGAAUGCAAAACAAGGUUAAACUCUGAUACUAAAGCUUAUUGCUGUGAUGUUCAUGCUAACAACUGUUCUAAUUUGUGAAAAUAAGUUUUGUUUUGUUCUUUGGGAAGUAAAUUAUAAAUGAAAAAAUAAAUGAUACUGUGAA